ACAAAAUGAAGACAAGAAAAACUUCCUCGUCAAAACGUAACUCAAAUAAAAUGAGAAGUAGAUUUGAUCCAUUACAAAGUGCGGCUUUUUACAAUACUUGUAUAACAUAUAGUCCUAAAAUAAACAACCGUCAAUGAGGAUUUACCAAAGUACACACUGCCAUGGAUUUAAAGCUUAAUUUAAUAUAAUAUACACAUCAUCCGUUGCGUAAGUCACGCGACAUCUGUUAUCUCCCUUUGAUAUAGAAAUGUAAGCAAACAGGGAGAAAACAUUUUCUACCAUGGGAGGAAAAGUAUCAUUCCCAAGGAUAAACCUUGACAGGGAUAAAACGGUUGUGGUGACCGGCGGUAAUACAGGUAUUGGAUAUGAAACAGCCAAAUGGAUAGCUUUUCUUGGUGCCAAAGUUAUCAUUGCUUGUCGUUCUGAAGAAAGAGCAAACGAGGCCAUUAAACAAAUUAAAGCAGAAUAUCAAGCAGAGAAAGACAGAGGAACAGAUGGAAUAAUCAAAGAUGGGGAUCUGAGUAUAGAAUUUAUGCAGCUUGAUCUUAGUUCAUUAAAAUCGACCAAACGUUUCAUUGACGAGUACAAAUCGUCAGGGAGAAAACUUCAUGUUCUCAUCUGUAAUGCCGGUAUAGCAAUGCAUGAGCAAGCAUAUACAGAAGAUGAAAAUGAACUUAUGUUCCAGGUAAACUACUUAAGUCAUCUUCUUAUAGCUUUACAUUUGAUACCAAUAAUGAAAGAGAGCGGAAGUGACGAUUGUCGGAUUAUUAUGGUAUCCAGUUCAGCCCACUUAAUGGCAGCUUUUGAUGUAGCUAAAAUUCAGGGAAAUCAUUUGACUAAGGACACAUUUGACAGACUUAAAUACUAUGGAAAUUCCAAACUUUAUCAGUUAAUGCAGAUGUACUACAUGAACCGAAGAUUAAAAGACACCAAUGUUUCAGUUUUGAGUAUACAUCCUGGCAUCGUAGAAACAGAAAUUAAUAGAAGUUUUCAAGAUCUUGGUCGAUGGAAAGUUUUCUUUAGAAUGUCUAAAUUGUUUGGUGUUACAAAGAACCCCAUAGAGGGGGCAGAGUCAUCAAUUAACGCAGCAAUCAAUCCAGAUCUCAAAGGAACAAGAGAUGUUUAUUUUCAAAAUUGUAAAGCAUCAUCAACAAAUUCAACUGCUAGGAAUAUUGUUAACCAGGAGACAUUGCUGAAGUUUUCACUUGAACGUUUAAAAGAUUAUCUUACAGAAGAUAUAGCAAAAGAUUGGAUGCCAGAAAUUCAGAUUUGAGCAUGAAGUAACACGUAUUAACAAUGAUGCAAAGUGUAUAUUUUAGUCAAGAUAUGCGUUUCAUUGAACUGUGAAGAUAUCAUUCAAUUUUCAUUCUUUCUUUUCUUUUCUUUUCUUUUAUUUGCAACAUUUAAAAAUAUUUGUAUUGUCUGAUAGACUGAUAUCUUAUGUGUCCAUUGUCAGUUUUGUAUAUUUUUGAUACCUGCCUCCAAUUAAUGUAUACAUUGUUCUUAUUAUAUUAAAACUCAUCAGAGAUA